AUGUUCAUUGUUGAGUACCUGCAGUUUGCCAUCGGCCGCCUGCUCUACCCCGUUCGCGCCCAUGACUCGCGCCAGCUGAUCUAUUGGCCCGCAUUCCAGCACCUGCCCGAGCCGAACAUGACCCUCGAGUCCGACUGUGGUCCCUCCGGCUCCAGCCUGCCUCUGCGCUGCAGCAUGCUCGCAAAGGACCGGCUCGAGUCCGCGGAACCCGUCAAGGAAUACAUGUUGGUUUGCGAAGACAUCGACAUUCCCGUCCCGUUCAUGGUCAUCCACCAUGGUCUAUUCUGGGCCAUCCCCGCACCUGUGGUUGCCGCCAUGCCAGAAGAUGUCCAGCCGCACGAAGAUGCCGCUCAAACUCGUCGGACCAAAGCUGGCUGGUGUUUCCUUCCCAACAUUAUGGGUAAACCAUACAUUGGUGCAGGCGCUCCGUUGGGCCACGGAAGUCACCGCUAUGUUUUUACCAUCAUCGCUCUCAAUGCCCCACUAGGAGUGGAAUCUCCCGAAAAGGCGACCAAGCAGGAGAUCAAGCAGGCCAUGAAGGGAAAGAUCAUCGGCUGGGGCCAGUGGACGGGCGUCUUCGAGCGGCCCUGGUCCACCUAG